ACGAAAAAAGGGCACAACUAACAUUUUUAAAAAAAUUGAGUUAUAUACAUAUUUAGAAUGAGGAAAAAAAGGCGCAUCUGCUCAAUUUUUUGAAGAAUUUUAACUUUAAGGAAUUCGGAGUUACAGUAGGCGCAAAAGGCACAAAUGAGACUUAUAUUCAUGUUUUAUUGAAUGAAAAGGCAUAUUAUUUAAUAUUAUAUUGAAAAGGCACAAAUACAUAGUUGUGACUAUUACUACAUUUAGGAUUUUACUAAAAACUAUGUUGAAAAGACACAACGUACAACAUAACAUAUAGGAAAGGCUCAAAUGCCAGAUGUGCCCUGUUUACUUAAUUAUUCAUCCAUGUAUAUUGUAAUUAUUUACGUAUAAAAGGCAUAAAUAACCAGUUGUGCCUUUUCUUUAAAUAUUUUACGAUGAGAGGUGAGGAAAGGAGGGUAGAGUUUCAAUGAAUUGCGCCAGUUGUGCCUGCGAUGUCGAUGCGACUCCACGCUUGUCAGCAGCCCGCCCGCGCUUGAUAAUUUAAACAAUGCAGUCACGUGGUAAAAGAUUAGUAAGCGCCGCUUUACAAAAUCUCAAGCGUAAAUCUGAUAUUGAUGAACAAAUUCCGUCCACUAGUGGUCUACAAAACUGGUCGCCACAAUUUAUAGCAUUUGAAUCAGAUUUUGAUUCGGACGAUUCAGUAGUCGAUAAAGAUUAUGAGCCACCGAAAAACCAAAAAACGUACAAUAUUGCCGCUCAAUGCUCAAAACAAUCUGUGAUUAAAAACUUUAAUAUUAGGAUUCAUAACGAAAACUAUGAACCUCGUGAGGCCAAUAUUUUAUUGGAUGAUUCUGGCUCCGAAUCAGACUUAAUUCCAUGUUCUCAACCGUGUUUGGAAAAAACGAUUCCAGAAUCGUCAGAUGAAUCUACAAAAGAAGAUGUAGUACUUACAAAAAAAGGGACAGUAAGAAAGCGCAAAAGAUAUGAUGUUAGUCUUAAAGAACGAAAGCAAAUUAAAAGAGAAGAAAAAAUAUGUACCAAAUAUUUCGUGAAACCCGGAUGCCAAGAGAACAUUUGUAAAAAAAAAUGUUCAACGAAAUUUUCAGAGGAUUAUCGCAAAACCAUUAAUAGUAAUUUCUGGAAAAUGUCUUGGUCGGAACAAAAACACUUUUAUUUAGCUAAUACUAUGCAGCAAAGGCCAGUAAGACCAAAGAAAAAAAGUCAUGAUGAUGAGCAUGGCAAACAUUAUGAUCGUACUAAGAGUGUUUCGUAUUUCUUUUGUGAUAAAAACGGUGAGAAAGUUGCGGUGUGUAAAACGUUUUUUAUUACAACUUUGGGUUACAAGAAAAAUAACUGCAAGGCUGUCAGAAACAUUAUUGACACUUACUAUAAAACACAAUAUGCAGAGCCUAUUAUUGACGGCAGAGGUCAUAACCCAAACCCAUCACAAAUAGACAGGACUAAGAUAAAAGAACAUAUUAUGUCUUUUCGUCCAGUUGUGUCACAUUAUAGGAGAGUUCAUGCACCGAAUAGGAAAUAUUUGCCUUCGGAUAUCAAUAUCCGCAUGAUGUAUGACAAUUACUGUGAGAAAGAGCCUGAAAUAAAUGUGUCCUAUGGGUUUUAUAGGAACGUCGUAAAUGAGCUUAAAAUAUCUUUCACAAAGCUUGGACACGAGGAAUGUGAAUUGUGCGAAGAAUUUUCUAUUCACAACCCUAACGCAGAAAUAAGACACAGAAAUUGUAAAGAAUGCAAAGAAUAUGAAGAUCAUCACACUAGGUACAUUUCAGCGAGAAAGAAAUAUGAAGAGGAUGUUCAAAGCCAAACGAAGCAAAAAAGUACUGACACCACAAUAUUUGCAGUUGAUUUGGAAAAGGUAAUAAUGUUACCUCGCAUGGAUGAGUUCAAAACGGUAAUGUUUUGUCCAAGGCUUAUCGUUUUCAAUCAGAGUUUCGUUCCUGUAGGUGACAAAAGGUUACAUGGAGUUGGCAAAACACUGGGAGUCUUAUGGCACGAAGCUAUUGCAGGAAGAAAAAAGGAAGAUAUAAUUAGCUGUUUUCAAGCAUUUUUUCUUGAAAACCGGGACUACAAACAUGUGAUUUUGUGGCUGGAUAACUGCGCGGCCCAAAACAAAAACUGGUGCCUAUUUUCCUAUUUAGUUUAUUUAGUCAAUUCCAAGGAUGUAACUAUUGAAACUGUUGUACUGCGUUAUCUGGAAGUCGGUCAUACAUUUAUGGCUGCAGAUGAAUUUCACCAUAGAGUGGAGCAAUCACUUAAGAAGAACAAGCGAGUGUAUGACUUUGAAGAUUUUUGCAAAGCUGUCUCCGAUACUGGUCCAAAUACUGUGGUGAAAAAAAUGACUGUCCAGGAUUUUCACGAUUUUGAAGACUGCUCUUCAUCGUAUAAAUUACAAAAUUCUGUGCCACGAGCUUAUUUGAGAAACAUGUCUGAAAUCACUUUUCGGCGAGGGAGUAAAUCGAUGUUCUACAAGAACAGCCAUGACACUGAAGAGCAAAUAGAAUUGGAUUUCUUGAGAGUUAAAAAUCUUAAAAUUGGCAUUUCAUCGCCUAAGCAGAAGCUUUCUCCACGUGGUAUAACAUCUGAGAGGAAAUCAGCUAUACUUUCCAAGCUUGGGCCACUUAUGCCUGACAAUAGAAGAGGUUUUUGGAAAAACCUACCCGUUAGCGAUAGUUCAGCUGAUCUCACAGAAAUUUAUGAAGACUGAAAUUUAAGACUAAUUUUUAAAUUAAUAUUUUAAGCUAAAGUGAUUAUUUUAUUUCUUUCAACUUUUUUAUAGUUAUUACUAUUGCAUUGUGAUAAUUCAACCAAGUGCGUUAUUAUGUUUGUUGUUACAUUUAUUUUUUUAUAAUAAUAUUGAUAAUACUUUUUAGAUUAUUUAACUACGAGAGUCUUUAAUAAUUAUGGCUGUGAGCUAUUUAGUUAAUGAACAAUAAAUAAUUAGAAUAAGCUCUAACAUAGGUUCAAAACCAAAAUUGAUGUUCCUAUUAGGUACUACCUCUAUUAAUAUAGAAUAUUUUAAUUUAUUUUAAUAUUGUGAUUCAGAGUAUAUUUACUCUGAAUCACAACAUUAAAUUGAAAUUAUUAUUUACAGAUUUUUAAGUUUGGCAUACAACCUGUUACUAAAAAUAAUUGAUUUUUACUUUCCUUAGGUAUCUAACUUAAGUUUAAGAAUGAUUGAAUUUAAGAAAUUUACUGAUUCACUUUUUUUUUCAAAUUAAUAUUAUGUUCUAUUUGUCAGCCAAUAUUGUAAGUAGAUGCUUAUCCCCAAUGAUUUAUAAAAAACUAUUGAAGAUUAAUAUUUUUUUUUGUUUGAAUUUUGGUGUUCCCGAAGGUGACUUGCUAAGUUUUGUUUCAGUUAUUUGGAUAAGCUAACUAGGAAUGGCAUGACCAAUUGUUUUACAUUUUAUUAAACUUUCUUAACAUGAUUAUUUGUUUUUAUUUUUUGUGACACACAUUAGUUCUAUUUAAAUUAAAAAGGCACAAUUGGACACAUAUGUCCUUUCUUUAUGACACGAUGACAAAUUUGUUAGAAAUAUUAAAAAGAAAGGUGACAUUUGGUUAACUAUGCCUUUUCUUUGUAGUAAAUGGUAUUUUUUAAAUAUUUUUUUCUUUAGUUGAAAAUUAUUUUUUGAAAUUAUUGAAUAAUUUAUUAUAUUUAAAAACUAAAAAGCUAAAAAUAUAAUAGUUCUAACCUUUACGCAAAUAUAAUCAGUGUUUUUUUUUCUAUAAAGCAAUAGGUUCUCAAACUAUAGAGCAGAAUAUGGUGAAAACUUUAAUCCUAAAUAUCUCGGUUUGACCAAAAUGAUACAUGUGCCCUUCUCUCGUAC